AUGACCGAGGAACGCGGCAAAUCCUCAAAGCCACGAACGACCUCAUCUGCAUACAUCUUGGGAGGCUCAUCGAGCACGGCAACACUCUUUGAUUUCGAUGGUGUCUACAUUCUCGAUGGUGGGCAACCUGAAAAAACACCAGGAUUUCUCAUGACUGUUAAAACUGUCAGUGCAGUGAUUCUCUCGGCACCAACUCGCAAUAGCUUAGGAGCUACUGCAUCGUUGUUAGACCAGGGAAAAGUUGUCCCUGUAUUCAUGAACACGAAGCCACUGAAAACAGCAAAGCCUGACAGUAGCGCAGAAAUUGUCAAGACCAUCCAGGAUGCUAAUUCGAAACUUAUUUGUGACACUCCGCUGCUCUUCGACCCGAAAUAUCCUGCCAUUGUUCUAUGUCAAUCAGGUGUGGUUGGAAUCCUCUCAUUGUAUAUUCUAGCAGGAGAUACAAAGGAUGGAGAAGUCAUCACCAAAGCGUUAGCAUCUGGGAACGAAGCCGAGGUGGAACGAGCAGCCGCGAAUCAUGGAACGAUCGGGGUCUUGUUGUGGAGACCAGCGAGCGCUGAUAGUUCUGUGAUCCGAGUCCUGAUUUCGGGAACUUCUACCGUAAGCAGAAUUCAACAAUCUCUCGACAAAGCAGCCAAGUAUCUUCCAUUCCUCAACGCAGCAACAGUGAAAUCUAAAGAUGCUCUGAAAGUUACCUCCGUUCCAACGAUUUCAAGACCCAUUGUGUCGUCAGUCGGGAAAUUGGCAACUGGACGGCCAACAGCAAGAGCCAUGACAUCAGGACCGUCUUCUCGUCCAACUAGCACUGCUAGUUCUUCGAGAGAGCCGUCUUAUCGAGCACCCACCACCACCAGACCUGUUCGUCCAAUAAAAAAACUUCCACAAAAUCCUGUGCCACCCAAAACGACUCAGGCAUCUGCUCCGGCUCCAGCAAGAUCACAAGCGAGAGGAUCGGCUCCACCGAAGCCACUCAUCUCUGUCAAUAGUACAAAAUCAGCUACCACAUCGAGAGCUGCAGGACGUACCACUGAGCCUCCCGGUCAGAAUAAAAAAUUGGUGAAGACUCGCGAAGCACCUCUUUCAAAGCCAAUGCAAAAGACUGCGUCAUCGAAACCGACUGUUCCAGUUCCGAUUUCAGAGCCAACAGAAGCAACGGAAUUAGCGGUAACAGGAAUAACCGCCUCCGUUCCACAGUCACAAAACUCUACAAUUGAGCUGGGCGAUUCAACAUACUGUGAAUCGAAUAAAUCAACUCAGAGUCACGGUUUGAUGUUUUCGGAUAUUUCAUCUGAAACUCCUGUGGACAGCGCGAUGAAACUAAUGGGUCACGACUCGGUUACACCAACACAUCAUGAGGGGAGAAAAGAAUCUUCUAAAACUAAAAAUGAUGUUCCAAGGAAUUCUGGAUUAGAAGAACAAGGCAGAGACAAAAUCGUGGUAACUCCGAAAGUUUCGCUUCACGAAACGGACUGCAGCACUGAUCUUCUGCUUGACUACACUCCACAAACUGUGGACGCUCUCAAAGCACCCGAACGUGGUCAUUCGAAUCUGGGCGGAGCUCUUGAUGAAUCAGAAAUCAGUCUACAGGAAAACAUCCUAACCUCUACACAUAAUUUGGAGUCUCGAAUUCCACCAAACCCACAGGAAGAGGUGAACAAACAGUCGGAGAUCUGUAAUGAAAUUAACAGAACAGCAGAGACGUCAUCAGGAAAUACCACUGUUGUCGGAGACAUCACACGGAUUUCAGGAGAACUUCAAAAAUUAGGUCUCAAUGAGAAGACUGAAGAGUACAUUUCACAACUGAGUUCUCAAAUGGUAGAGGAUGCCACGUUGCCGUUCACCAAUGCAUUAGCCAACACAAUUGCUACUUCUAAUGGAUUCACCGCCCCACAACAAUUCGCCGGCCAAACAACAAACCCGAUUCCAUCAAACGGUGCACCGAAAGAGGUCCCACGAACCGACUUGAUGCAAUCAAGGGCUAGCGUUGUUGAGAGUGAUGGAACAACCGUUGACUACGAGAAAACCGAUCCAGCUUUGGAUGAUGUUCUGAAUGCAUGUAUUUCUGAGAGCGAACGGGUUGAUUCUGCUACCGUUCCGACUGCUGCAAAUUUUGAAACACUUAAUAUGCCAUCUGUUCCUGGAACCAAAAUCGCUCCGAAGCCCGUAAAGUUUGCACGUCCAUAUUACUUCGAAUUCGUGACGGCUCCUAGAAACGAGAAUAUGGUGACCCCUAUUUCUGCUGCUGGUCUUCAGGAAUUCAUGUCGAAAGUGCGAUCGAAAUAUUUGCUUCUGGCUUCGAAGGGUAUUACCGAAGAGCAGCUCCAAGGACUUCUGACCGGAAAGCAGACAUGGUGUGAAAGUGCUCAUCCCUGUACCAUAAUUCCUACGCACACAUCUUCAACUUUGCGCGAUUUCUGCGAGAAGAAUGAGUCACAUUUCCCCACUAAUCAUCUCACUGUGAAUACUUCAGUUGAUAGAAAUCGAAUGAAUGUCAACUCAAGUUUGGUAGAUUUUCAGUUUGAGGUUGCUCAUAUGUUCUUCCAGUGA